AUACGAUAGAGAAAACGUACGGAGUAAAAAAUGGAGACUUACGUUGAUGCGAUUGGAGAGGACACGGCAGCCACAACAACGACGGCGGAGACGGCUGCAAAUAAGAACAAGAAGAAGUUGAAAGUGAUGGUUGCGAUUGAUGAGAGCAAGAACAGCUUCGAUGCGUUGGAAUGGGCUGUGGAUCAUCUCAGAGUUGUUAUUAGUGCCGAACCGGAAACCGGUCAAGAAGGCGGUUUACUUACGUUGCUUCAUGUUCACCCAACGUACCUUCAAUAUAUCUAUCCUUCUGGUGGAACUGCUUCGGCGGUGUAUGCGACAGAUUCAGUGCCCGAACCAAUGAGGAAAGCACGAGAAGAGAGUACGACAAACUUAUUCACACGGGCAUUGGAGAUAUGCCGAGGCAAAAUGGUGAAGACAGAGACUAUGAUAUUGGAAGGAGAUCCUAAGGAGAUGAUAUGCCAAGCCGUCGAGCAAACACAUGUUGAUCUUCUUGUUGUUGGUAGCCGUGGACUCGGCAUGAUCAAAAGGGCAUUUUUAGGGAGUGUAAGUGACUACUGUGCCCAACAUGCAAAAUGUCCAAUUCUCAUUGUGCGACCGCCUAGAGAAACCUCAACUAGUAACACGAAGGAACACAAGAGCAAGUGAGGAAGGAAACCAUGUUAUAAUAGCUUCUGUUUCAUUCCGUUUGUACUCCGUAGAGAAGAAAAAAAAGUGUGCCGCCAAUAAACAAGUUUACUUUUGCAAAGUAAAGUUC